CCCCCUAUCGAAGCCAUCGAUUCGAAUCAGACCCACGGCGAGGAAAUGGCACAACGGCCGCGGUGGCAGGAGAGGCAGCAGCUCGCGCGCCUCUGCGACCUCGUCGCCGACUCCCUCCUUCCCCACCUCGAACCCGAACCGCUGGCGACGCGGCGGCCGCAGCUCACGCGGGAGGAAGAGCGGCGCAUACUCGUCGCGCUCUCCCGGGUAAACAAGGCAAUUCGAGGAUGGGACGACGACGAGGUGGAUGAUGGGGAGCAAGGGCGCGCAUGGGAUCAGAUUGUUUCGUGUUCGGAAGCUCACAGUUGCUGUUUGCCACCUGACUACCAUUUUGAUGAUGGGUUUAGCUGCCUGACCAAUAUUAUCUCCAUAGUGGUUGGCUUACUUCAUCUAUGUAGUGAUUAUAUUAAGCAUUCAGCUGGGAAUAUCUUGAUGGCCAUCUCUAAUUCCCUAAUGAAGUUUGAAGCCGUUUGGAUUCAGUUUGUUGAGCUGGUCUGGGCAGCUAUACACACGGUAUCAACAUGCGCUCAUAAUCAUUCUACAAUUAAUGCCACCAAAGGUUGUGUUGGUUGUUCAUCUGCUGCGGAAAGCAUAAGUCAUGACACUAUGACUAAAAGAACCAGCAUUACAAGCUUUAUAGCAGUACUCAAACUACGAUGUGUCAAUACCAGUAGGCAGAUAAUGACUUGCCUCUUUCGAGCACUACACAUUAUUCUGAAGCUUCUGAAACUCAAUGACUCUGAACUGAAAGAUGACUUCAUUUGCCUGUCCAUUCAUCAUAUUCAGAAGUUACAUUGGGAUCCUGGUUACCAACUCAAUGCCGGGAAAGUUGUCAGCAUUGUCACGGAUGACCGACAUAGUUUGAGUGAAGAUUCUGCACAGUUUGGAAUAGUGUCAGGCAGUCUCCUCCAGCUCUUGUGCUCUUUAGUUGAGCAAAGUGACACAGAAGACACAGAUCGACGAGAUAUAUUUGUGAAACUUGCAGAUGUCAUUCCUAGAUUAGGAACUUUCUUACAAGAGCAACAGGAUACCCCCAAAAGUCUCUCUCAGUAUUCAAAGCACAAAAUAUUGAUGUUAAUGAUAAGGCUUAAGCCUCACAUACAGCAGAACUGCUCACAUAUUGUUUGUUUGCUGAAAUUACUUAGACGCCACUUUCAGAGUACACUCCAUGAACCUAUGUUCCAACAUAGCACUAAACUGGAGAACUGUUUAGAAGGAUCCCCAUUUUUGUUAAGUGGUGUAGGUUUGGGCGAGCUUCAGGAUAAAUCUACUCGGCACUUACAAAGGCAGGCUAUGUAUUUGUUUCUUAGUUGUUCGAUAGUCUUGGCUUGCAGUGGAAAUGAUAGUAGACUGAAAUGUUCAUGUAAGAGAGAUCAAUGUUGUCACAAGGGGCAAGGCUGCACUGAUAAUUGCAACUAUUUUGGCUUAUCAGAAAUCUCAGUUUGGUUUCAGAGAUGUUGCUUAGACAAGAUUUUGGACUCAAAAUCAUCAACAGACAUUGUUUUAUGCUUUCUGCAGUUAUAUAUGGAGGAGGACGAUAUGUUAUUCAUCAUUCUCUUGCAGCUUUUGGAUGCUCCGCUUAUUUCGUUGGCAAUAGAUAAGAUGGAAACUAAAUGGACGUCUGAACUGAUUGGUGCCAAACUGUUCUCCAUAGUUUUUGACCCAGUUCAUAUUUUUCAUCAAUGGCUUUCAUUGUUGCACUAUGAUCACUUGGUACUUGUUGAUUAUCUCAUAUCUAAAGAUGUAGGUGUGCAUUGUGCCCAGUAUCUAUUACGGUGCUUACGACUGGUAUCCGGGUGUUGGGAUGCUUUUGUCGAUGAUUCAGUUUACGAGGCACAGAUACAAAAAUUCAACUGUAAAAGGCAAAGAACCUUGAAAGAUAUAAAUAGUUUCACUGGUAGCUCAAUGGAAGGCACUAAGUUAGGUUCCUCUUAUGACAAGGAAAAUAAGAGCAAAGAACAGCUUUUCCUGAGUGCUAAAGUUUGUCUCCUUUCGUUAAAGCAAACUUUGGAAGAUCUUCAUAAGAAAGAUUUAUUCCCCUACAAUCCAAAGCCUCUCCUUAAAAGCUUGUCCAGAUUUGAGGAGCUCUGUGCGCAGUACUGAAACAAUUAAGUUGCACCCGGUGACACGCUACCGUUUCUGCGGUUGAAUAUUUGGUAAUCAGAUACUGUAAUUUCCUUUGCUGGUUACAUGCGUAUAUAUUGGCUCGCACAAUUCAUUUGGUAACUACAACUUUUAAUUAGUACUUCAGUUUAUGAUCUGGUUUCUUCGAUUGGUUGUCCACGGUCUUGAACGCUUCUCCGGCCUCUCUGCGGCGCGGUCUGGCCUCCAUUGCCACCCUCAUUGCCUGGUCACUCUGGCAACACCACAAGGCUGCAGUCUUCGACAAGAUCAUGCCCUCAACCUCGGACCUUGUUCGCGCGAUCAUGGAGGAAGCUCGCUCCUGGGCAGCUGCCGGAGCCAAAGGAGUUGCAUUAAUCUCUGUAACUUGAACUGAUGUUUUUGGGGCUGUGCAUCCCCUCUGUCCUCUGCUCACCUAGCGUCCCGGCCACGCCAGCUUGUGUAGGUGGCUAGGUCGCUUCUCUGUACUUUCUCCCCUCUAUCAAUGCAAAGAUACGCUCCAAAGCGUAUUCGCGAAAAUGCUUAUGAUCUGGUGUACCAUCUGAAUUGGCUGAAUCUUACAAUAAGGAAGUUUGUGGCGUCAGGCUGCAGACAAUCAGAUCCUGCGAUGCACCAAAAGUGAAGUGCUGUUGAUAUUUUGUAGGUACCUUCUUCA